GGAGCUCCUGUCACCCCAAGACGUGAAGAGCCUCAGCUCUAGGUGUUCUAGGACUUGGGCCAGAUUUCACUCCCAGACAGUGAGGGCUUCUUCCAGACCCAGGUCAACACCAAGAGCUGGGUUGACCUAAGCUUGACAUCCCAGCUGCUGGGCCUGGGCACUCAUUGGUGCCUGUGUCCUGCAGAUACUUAAAGACAGCCCAGAUGUCAGUGAGGCUGACCCAAGGAAGGGACAGUGCUGCUUCACAUCAGUUCUGCUGAGAGCCCGCAGUGCCAGUGUCGAGGGCUUCAGGAGAAGCAGAGGUGCCCUGGAGACCCAGAACACUGAAGGGAAAGACACUCGCCUCGCAGGGCCCCAGCCGAGCUGCAGUGCCUGGUGUACGACUCCAGGUGCAGAGUGUGGAGAAGCCCCAGUACCGAGGGACCCUACACUGUUUCCAGACCAUCAUCAAGCAGGAGAGUGUGCUGGGCCUUUACAAGGGCCUGGGCUCGCCGCUCAUGGGGCUCACCUUCAUCAACGCGCUCGUGUUCGGGGUGCAAGGCAAUACUCUCCGGGCCCUGGGCCAGGACUCACCGCUGAACCAGUUCCUGGCUGGUGCGGCUGCGGGCGCCAUCCAGUGCGUCAUCUGCUGCCCCAUGGAGCUGGCUAAGACUCGGCUGCAGCUGCAGGACGCCGGUCCAGCCCGUACCUACAAGGGCUCCCUGGACUGCCUGGCGCAGAUCUACCAGCGCGAGGGCGUGCGCGGCGUCAACCGGGGCAUGGCGUCCACUCUGCUGCGGGAGACGCCCAGCUUCGGCGUGUACUUCCUCACCUACGACGUGCUCACGCGCAUGCUAGGCUGCGAGCCCGGCGACCGCCUGCUCGUGCCCAAGCUGCUGCUGGCCGGCGGCAUGUCGGGCAUCAUGUCCUGGCUGUCCACCUACCCAGUGGACGUGGUCAAGUCGCGGCUGCAGGCUGAUGGGCUGCGGGGCGCCCCGCGCUACAGCGGGAUCCUCGACUGCGUGCGCCAGAGCUACCAGGCUGAGGGCUGGCGCGUCUUCACGCGAGGGCUGGCCUCCACGCUGCUGCGYGCCUUCCCCGUCAACGCGGCCACCUUCGCCACCGUCACCGUGGUUCUCAGCUACGCCAGAGGAGAGGAGGCCCGGCCUGAGGGCGAGGCCGCGCCAGCUGCCCCCGCAGGGCCCGCCCUGUCCCAGCCCUCCAGCCUGUGAUGCCCCUCCUGCCCUGGGGCCAGGCCACUCUGCAGAACCCCACAGACAUCAGGCCGCCCCUUGCAGUGUAAGGUUGAGAAGCCAUCACCCCAGACCGGAGUGCCACAAAACAAUGUUGUCAGGGUGGCUAAGGGCAUGAAAUCUAAGGGCCGGUCUCAAGCCUGGGCCAGUACUCCAUCAGACUUGGGUUCAGUUCCCUCAUCAGCUUGACCUGAACCGUGAAUCACUCCUCCGGCCUGGGUCUUCUCACCUGAGAUGGGACCCUCUUAUCUAUGUGUGUCAGCCAGGAAGGUCAGAGAUGGUGCCCUAGCCGUCUAGCACCAGGACUGCCUGAGUUGGUGUCUGGACCUGGAACUUACUCCAAAACCCCACCAACACUCCAGCCCUGCUCCCAGAUCCGCUCUUCCUGCUCUUGCCCUGCAGGUUACCUGCGAGAUCUCUGAUUGACAGGCUGCCCAGGGAAGAUUUGACCUCCUCUGUAUUGGGACAGGUGUUGGCUUGGAGCUUCUGGCAUGGCACAACCAGAUGCUCUACCAUUGUGCCAGCUUUUCCAUAUGACAGCUCAGAGUACCCUAGCAGCUGCCCUUCUUACUGUAGGGUGACCUGGGGCCUUGGCAGGAAGUCUGCUGGAGUCUCCUUGUCAGCGGAAGAACCGGUUGGGGAAAGAGACAGGCAGUGAGAAAUCUCAACAGUUAAAUUGGUACAGCAGCUCGGCAUGUGGCACACAACUUUAAUCCCAGUGCCUCAGGAAGCUGAGGCAGGAGGAUCUCAAGUGUGAGCCCACCCUCAGCAAUUUAGUAAGGCCCUGUCUCAAACAAAAAAUGACGUAGCUGUAAUCAGGAGAAGUCCUCUCACUAAGACCUCAGGGUUCCUGUCUGCAAAUGGGGGCAGAGGUCAGUUGAUAUCUGGGUUUAUGGGUCACUACCACCAUCCAGGAUUCCCCAGAGUAUGUAGAGGCUUGGCCAGAGAGUGGCAUGGGAUCCCUUCCAGAGGCUGGGCAGCUUGGCUCRUGGAGUGGAAGUUCCAUGUCUGCUCUCAGCAAAUGGUACCUGCCAGCCAGUCUCCUCAGUGCCUGGUGUCCCUGUGAGGGACAGAAGGGCUUGUUAGUGGGCACAGGCAAGGCUGGUGCGGGUCCCUUCACUCUGAGGAAUGUUAACUCCCCAAAGGAGGCAGACUGCUCGGUGAGGACCCCAGCUCGGUACAGCCUCGUGUUAUUGUAUAGAAACCAAGGGAAUAAAGUGCUGAUGGUU